ACAACGAACAUCUCUGGUCAACAUGGAGCCUGAUGUCUACAGCCUCAACAUGGACUUGCUCUCGUUCAGGAAUCAGUCUUCCUCUUCAUUGUAUAACAACUCGAAUGGAAGUAGCAACAACGGACUCACUAUGCCGCCCCUUCCCGACAGUGCUGCCAACCCUUCGUUAGAAGAACAGCGACUCAAACUGCAGCUCGCGCGCGAGACAGUCCGCCUGCGAGAACUAGAACUGCAGCUCGACCUCGAACAGCGAAAACAGCGCGUGCGGGAGCUUGACCUGCAGAUCGCAGCUGAGAAGCGGAAAGAGCGGGAGGCGGAGGUCGAACUUGCUCGAUUGCAGGCGAUGCAUGUCUCUCCUUCUGUCCCUGAAUCUGCGUCCAAUCCUGCACUCCAGAACGGCGAUACCCCGAACUCGACAACUGUGAACACCGGGCUGCAGAACAUGACGCCUUUCACACCAAUGAUCGAUUUCAACUUCAUGCAAAUGUCGAACCCCGCUCUUGCAAGUACGGGGAUGGACAACUUCCCAGGAAUGGGGAUGUUCGGAGAUAGUGGGUUUGCAACCUGGACGGGGAUGCCGACAGGGCCUACGAUGGCUCCCUUCUCCGGAUUGGACAUGAGUAAUGGUGUGGGAGGGCCUGUAGCUUCGCCUACGACGAUGGACCCGGGAUUUGAGGACAUGCUCAAAGAGAUCUUUGGUGGGCCGGAGCAUGCUAUCCCUCCCGAACCACCUUUGUCCCUUUCCUCCGGCUCACCAGACGACCCCGCUGCUAUCGGAGCCGACGACGCAGACGACCAUGCCGAUGAUGCGCUUGUCCAAGGUCCAUCGACGACCGCCUCCGGCAGCUCUGGAUCGAGCGCUUCGCCCCUAACCCAGGCGCCGUUAGCACCCAGCGCUCGCCGAUCAAGAAAGCUCCGUAUUGAGACACUUAUCACCUGCUCCAACUGUGGGAACCCGAUCGCAAAGCUCCUUUUGCGCGGGACGAGAGAAGAGCUGGACGUGCCGUACGAGUUGAGGUACUUGUGCGAGGACUGUACCACUCCGGUGACGUUUGGUGAGCAGCCGCAGAUUAAGAGGAGGAUCAAGCAGGGGAACGACACGACGAUGCCGACGGUGUGUGAUGUGUGCUUGAGGAGGCAAGGGACGGGAGGUAUCGUCCCGAAGUUCCCAGAGCAGACGCUUGAGUUCGCCUCAGAGGUCGUCUGUUUGCAAUGCACAGAAAAGUAUCAGCGGUGUAGUGAUUGUGGGGGCGGGUCAGGAAGAGCUGGAGCGGGAAAAUGGAGAUGCAAAGAACUCUUCGAUGAAGGGCGCAAGACUUGUAACCUUUCCCAUGCGCGGCUAGGCACAGGUGAUCUCGAGAUGGCGUCCUGGGACGUAUCAGACACUUUCAGACAAGACGUCAUGAUCGACAGCGUUAUCGAGGCAUGCGAAGUGUUAUGGAAAGAUAACUUCCUACGGCUAGCGGUGCCUGAGGUGCUGGAAGUCGACAGUGAUUCGCCUUUGCAACUCAAGACGUUCCAAGAUAUCGAGAAUAAGAUUCUUGCAAGUGGGUGGCCGGCGAAGGACUUUGUGCUCAAAGGCCCCGGACCUGGUCAGAGGCACUACGUUAGCCUGACGUGGGCACGAAACAGGCCAAGAAGAGGAAAGCCCGUUAUUGAGGAACUACCAGAAGAGGUGAACGAGGAAGAUAAGCUCCUUGCGAAUUUGCGGCGGACGACGAAGCUCUAUCCUCCCGGAUACAUGCUCGUCAACAUCUGGCUGUCACAGUGGGAUAUUUCCAGUCGCACUAUCCGCCUAUUCACAACAUCUCCCUUCGAAAACAGUGACCUAGACGCGCACUCGUCCAUCGCCAUUGCGGAAAUGUUCCGUAAGAUCAUCGCCGCCGGGACGGACGACUACGCCUCCGCAAACCGGCCUCCUUUGCACGUCUGGAUGACGUUCGAGAAGCUAGGUCCGAUGAUUGACCAACGGGUAGAGGAUGCGUUCGUCAAGAAACGUGCGUUCCUCCCACUCGAAGCCUAUAUCCAGCGACACGCCGAUAUGGACCAGGACCAAUUCCGUUGGCCCGCAUACACCCGUGCCGCCCUGGAUCCCCAGUAUCGCCAGUCUGGGGAAAGCCCCGUGCUCGUGCUUGUCAAACAUCUGGGCUCGAGCAUGAGCUGGCAAAAGCUCCUGCAGCUGAAGAUUCAGGAGAUGAAGGACCGGAAAGAGGCGAGCCAGUUGAUCAGAAAGAGGAAGGCGACUGAUGAGGUCGAGGCCCGGCGGACGUGAUCGCUUACGGCCCAUGGAUCCACGGAUCUGUGAAUUGACUGAGUACUUGACUGAGUACUUGCUUGAGUGGUUGAUGGAACCGUUGAGGUCGGUUCAGAGCCGGGCACCUGAAGUACGUGUACGUCUAUACCCGUACCUGUUGUGUUGCGUUGCUAUGUGUACAAUAAUCACCGCUCACUCGGAAAAUGAAUCCG